AUGGCUGACGUGCAAUUGUCCUCCAUCUUCCAGUCCACCCUCUUCAUCGGUGCUCUCAACACUACCGUGGUAGCCACCGCCAUUCCUACGAUAUGCUCCGAACUCGAAUCAGCAGCAGGCUACUCCUGGAUCGGAGCCUCAUAUGUCAUUGCCACGAGCGCCUGCAGUCCUGUGUGGGCGAAACUGUCAGACAUAUGGGGGAGGAAGCCAAUCCUCCUACUGGGGGUUGCCCUAUACUCCGCCAGCUCCAUCGUAUGUGCCCUGUCAAACAGCAUGGCUAUGCUCAUCGUGGGUCGUUCUCUCCAAGGCGUAUCUGCAGGCGGGUUCAUGACGCUCAUCAACAUUGUUGUGUCGGAUCUGUUUAGCAUGAGGAGUCGAGCACUAUUCCUGGGCCUUCUUCACACGACCUGGGCCGUUGCCGGCGGAGUCGGCCCAGUACUGGGAGGUGCCUUUACCCAGCUUUUGUCGUGGAGGUGGAUCUUCUGGAUCAAUCUUCCGAUCUGUGGACCGGCGUUCUGCCUGUUGCUCGUUUUCCUGGAUGUGCAUAACCCCAAGACCGAGUUUGCCGCAGGCAUCAAAGCCAUCGACUGGACGGGCAGCCUCUGCAUGGUAGGUCUGAUGGUGAUGCUGCUGCUCGGUCUCAAUUUCGGGGGCGCAGCCUAUCCCUGGGACUCUCCCAAGGUCAUUUGCCUCAUCGGCGUCGGUGCUUUCAUGAUCAUCCUGUUCGUGUUCAACGAGGGUCGUCUGGCCCGCCACCCGAUAAUGCCUCUGGGGGUGUUCCGAAACAAGUCGAAUGUCGCGUGCCUUGCUCUUGGCUUCAUCCAGCAUUUCGUUCUUAAUUCCGCAGAGUACUACCUACCACUGUACUUCCAAUCCGCGAAAGAAGCAUCGCCACUCCGCUCCGGGCUGCUCCUCCUCCCACUGAUCCUCACGGAAGCAUUCACCGGUGUUGCCGGGGGGAUCUAUAUCCACCAGCUCGGACGGUACAUCGAACUGAUCUGGGUGGGCGUGGUGCUGCUCACAGUCGGUAACGGGCUCUACAUCCAUCUUGACGCCACCUCCUCCAUCGGCUCAAUCGCUGCCUCUGAAGUUCUGUCGGGUCUGGGAGUAGGUCUACUAUUCGACCCCCCCUACAUUGCUCUCCAAGCUCUCGUCUCUCAAGACGACAUGGCCACGGCGACCGCUACCCUCGGAGUCAUGCGCAACAUCGGUGUCUCCCUAUCCAUCGUCAUUGGCGGCGUCAUCUUCCAGAACGGAAUGCGUCUCGAAAGAUCAAGCUUACAAGCUCACGGACUUUCGACCGACCUGGUCGACGACCUGUCCGGCCCCGACGCCGCCACGCAUAUCAAUCUCAUCUCCAAGGUCGCCGACCAAGCUCAAAAGUUGGCGAUCAAGCAGGCCUUCGCGUCGAGUCUGCGGAACCUGUGGAUCACCUGCACUUGCAUGGCGGCGCUCGGCCUCGUCGCGGCCGGGCUUGUGACCAGGACGGAGCUGAGCAAAGAACAUACCGAGACCAAGACGGGACUUAGGGACCGGAAAGAAAACAGCGCUGCCACACGCCCCCACGAUCAGGAACUCAUGCCUGUGCCUGCACCUGCGGCGGGAGACGAAAGAGGACACAUCGCCUGA